AUGCCAGUGGUUAAUACUGAAGACCUAACAGAAACAGACAAAUGGAAGAUGGAAGUAGAACAGCUCAAGAAAGAGGUGACUCUGGAAAGAAUGAUGGUUUCCAAAUGUUGUGAAGACAUAAGGGAUUAUGUUGAAGAAAGAUCUGGAGAGGAUCCACUAGUGAAGGGGAUCCCAGAGGAUAAAAACCCCUUCAAGGAGCUUAAAGGAGGGUGUGUAAUUUCAUAA